UGUUCGUCAGUUUGUCAUUAUGUUCAGCUUGUGUGUUUUUAUUAAGUUUUAGGACUCUAAUGAAUUUAGUUUUUACGAAAGUUUUAGUGGAAAUAACAACAGUGACAAUAAUGCGUGCCGAACCUUUUAUACCUGGCUAAUUGACAUCAUUGAGUCACCACGGCUUCUCCAAAGAGGUGGUUGAGGUUGGGAAGCCAUGGAGGUCGGAGCGCGGGCUCUGGACGUGCUCCCACUGCUCCAGGAGCGGGUGGCGUGCCUCACGGGGGGCCGCGACCGGCGCGGGGGACCCAUCGUGUGGUUCCCCGCCAGCUCGCGCCGGGACCGCAUCGCGCCAGAUGACUAUAGGCGGCUGCUUCACUACCUGAUGAGCAUACCGAGCGAUUCCGUAAGGUCUCACAACUUCACCAUCUUGAUUGACAUGAGAGGUUCAGCUUGGGCCGCGAUCAAACCAAUACUUAAGAUUCUACAAGAAAACUUCCCUUCAUCCGUCCAUCAGGCACUGGUAGUUAAACCUGACAAUUUUUGGCAGAAGCAACGCACAACGAUAGGAGCACAUAAGUAUAAGUUUGAGACGACAAUGAUAAGUUUAGAAGCACUACCUAAAGUGAUAGAUAGCUCACAAUUAACGCCUGAUUUGGAUGGCACACUACAGUAUGACCACGCACAGUGGAUAGAUCUGAGACUGGCUUUAGAAGAACUGUUAUGGCAAGCGGGAGAGUUGUUAGACCGCCUGGACGAUCUGCAAGAGGACGUGGCGCGCGCCGACUUCGCGGAUGACGUCACGGGAGCGCGCCGGGCCAUCGACGCACACGCGGACAUCAGCAAGAGGCUCGCCAAAGUUCCCGUCGACGAACUUGAAGCGCAGGGCGAGCGGGUGUUGCAAAGACUGCAGGCUGCUGAAGCGGCGUGCGCGGAGGCCAGCGGCAGCGGCGGCGAGGUGGCGGCGUUCCACUGCGGCUCGCCGGGCGCCGUGCGCGCGCAGCUCUCCGCCGUGCGCUCCGCACACGCGCACGCGCACAAACUCUGGCAGCACAAGAAGAUGCAGCUCGACCAAUGCUUCCAGCUGCGGCUGUUCGAACAAGACUGUGAAAAGAUGUUGGAGUGGAUCGUGAACCACCGAACGGCGUUCCUGGCGACCUACGUCGAGAUCGGCCGGUCGUGUGCUGCCGCCAAACGACUGCAAGAGGAACAUGCUAGGUUUGCUGCGGCAUGCACGGGCGGUGGGCGGCCAAGUGUGGCGCGCGUCACGACCGCGGCGCGGCGGCUAGCGGACAAGAGGCACUACGCUGAGGCUCAGAUCACCUCGCUGGCGCACCGCCUUGAGAGGGCUUACAAACAACUAUCUGCAGGUCUAGAAGAGCGUUCAGCGGUGUUGUCGCUGUCGGUGGUGUUCCACCACAAGGCGGAGGCGUACGCGUCGGCGGUGGGCGGGGGGGGCGCGCAGUGCGCCGUGGCGUUGCAGCUGGCCACCGGGCAGGGCGGAGCACCCUGCAACGACCCGCGGGCGCUCGAGCAGCACGCGCAGCGGCACCGGCAGCUCUACGAGCACAUGUGUCAGGCAUACACUGAGGUCCAUUCAACCAGCAAGAAACUGCUAUACCAACUAGACCACUUAGUUCAAGUGUGCCAUCAGACCGACCCUGCUGAUAUGAGCGAGGGCAGCGUGAGUACGGCAGGCAGUAGCGGCGGCGACCCCGCGGCCGACUACAGCUCGGGCGCCAACCACGUGCUCGCUGUCAUACACCAGAUACUCGGACAUCACCGCGCCCUCGAGGCCAGAUACCACCAAGCCCGGCUGAAAUUGCACCAGCGACUGGCACUGCUGCUGUACAAGGAAGACUGCAGACAGGUCCUCGACUGGCUGGCCAACCACGGAGAAGUGUUCCUGCAAAAGAACACAGGAAUAGGAAGGAAUCUCGCCAAAGCAAGGGUCUAUCAGAAAUCUCACGAACACUUCGAAAAUGUUGCACAAAACACGUACACAAACGCGGAGAAGCUGCUAGCGGCGGCGGAGGAGCUGGCGCGGUCAGGGGAGUGCGACCCCGAAGAAGUGCUGGGCGUGGCGCGAGAGCUGGAGGCGCACGUGGCGGCCUUCGCGGCACGAGUGGAUCGCCGCCGGCGCCGCCUCGACCUCGCCGUGCUGCUUUACACACACGAGAAGGAGCUCCUGCAAUGGCUGGACACGCUGCGGAGUGGCGGCGGCGUGUGCGCAGCGGACGACACGCCUGAGGCGGCACGGCGUGCGCUCGAGCAGUGCGCUCAGCACCGCGCCGCCAGCCUCGACGCCUGCGCCGCCACCAUCGCGCAGGGGGAGGCUCUGCUGCAGGACCUCAGGUCUUCAGGCGACGCGGACGCAGCGAGCACGGCGGCCGUGGAGACUACUCUGGAACGGCUGCGCGGCACCCGGGGUGCCCUCGAGGAACUGUGGUCGGACCGCGAGCGGCGGCUCGAGCUCACCCUGCAGCUGAGGCAUUUCGAAAGGGAUGCGCUUGAGGUGUCGUCCCGGUUGGAGCUGUGGGGCGACGAGUUGCAGCGCACGGAGCCGCCGCGGGACCCGCAGCAGGCCGAGCAGGCGCUGGCGGCGCACAACGAGAGUGUCGCUAGGAUGCAACAUGCUACUUACCAGGUGGUCCAACAAGGGCAGGAGUUAGCGGCGGCGAUCGCGGAGGCGUCCGACGUGAUGGCUUCAAGUGGGUCGGAAGGCACGGAGGCGGCUCCAUUAGAUGCGCAGGCGCGCGUGCAGCUGCUGCUAGAGUUCCUGCAUGACCGCCAGCUGGAUUUAGAAGAGCUGGCUGAGGAGCGGCGCGCGCGCUUUGAGCAGUGCGUGCAGCUCGGUCAGUUCCAAAAAGACGCAGCUCAAGUAGUGAGCUGGAUUCGCAACGGGGAAGCGAUGCUGGCGGCGUCCUUCUCGAUCCCCGGUACACUGGCCGAGGCUGAGCAACUGAAGCGAGAGCACGACCAGUUCCAAGUGGCCGUUGAGAAGACCCACGCCAGCGCGGUGCAGGUCAAGUAUAGAGCGGACGCUCUACGCGCGGCCAACCACUACGACCCGCACACCAUACGCGAGAUAUCUGAAGAGGUGACGGAGCGAUGGCAGCGCCUGGUGACGUGUGCAGAGGAGCGCCACAAACUGGUCACGGCUUCGCUUAACUUCUACAAGACGGCCGAGCAGGUGUGCUCGGUGCUGGAUUCACUGGAGCGCGAGUACCGGCGUGAUGAGGACUGGUGCGGCUCCUCGGCCGCGCCCCUCGCUGACGAACACGCACCCGCCAACAUCGACAAGGCUGCCCAUGUGGCAGCGCUGAUAGUGAAGCACGGCGAACAGAAGGAGGCGUUCCUGAAGGCGUGCACACUCGCGCGGCGCACAGCCGAGACGUUCCUCAAGUAUGCGGCGCGGUCGGCGCAGGUGCACGGCCAGACGCCCGCCGCCAGCAAGGCGCACCACGAGCAGACGCGCGCCAUCCUCGACACGCUGCUGGCGCAGGAGAACAAGGUAUUGGAGCUAUCGACAUUCCGCAAGAAGCGCCUGGAACAAUGCCAGCAGUUCGCUCUGUUCGAGCGGUCUGCGCGCGCGGCGGUGGAGUGGAUCCGCGAGACGCAGGAGCGGUGUGGCGCGGCAGCUGCGGCGGCGGCGGCGGGCGUGGCGCGUGAGAGCCGCGAGCGCGUGCGCCUGCUGGCCCAGCUGGCUGAUGGACUCGUCGAGAAGGGGCACCCACACGCCGUGCAGAUCAAGGAGUGGGUCGCCGCGGUUGAUGCCAGAUAUGCGGAGUUCAGCGGUUCGAUGGAGGGCGGGGAAAGCGAGGCGGAGAGCGACAGUGGGGUGGCGCCUUCGCUGGCGUCCUCGCAGUCCGCGGAGGGUGACACCCGGGCCGAGCCCCCGCCGCCUGCGCCCGGCGACGAAAAGCGACGCAGCGCCCGCCGCAAGGAGUUCAUAAUGGCGGAGCUGCUGCAGACGGAACGAGCGUACGUCAAGGACCUGGAGACGUGCAUCACGUGUUACCUGCGCGAGAUGCGCACCGACCCCGCCGCCGUGCCGCCCGCGCUGCAGGGAAAGGAGGAGAUAAUAUUCGGCAACAUCGAGGACAUAUACCGGUUCCACGAGCGCGUGUUCCUGCGCGAGCUGAACAAGUACGAGACGAUGCCCGAGGACGUGGGCCACUGCUUCGUGACGUGGGCGCGCGAGUUCAACAUGUACGUCUCCUACUGCCGCAACAAGCCCGACAGCAACGCCGCCGUCGUCCAGCACGCCGGGGACUACUUCGAGAGAGUGCAACGUAAGAAGAAAUUGGAGCACCCGCUGGCGGCGUACCUGAUCAAGCCGGUGCAGAGGAUCACCAAGUACCAGCUGCUGCUCAAGGACCUGCAGGCCUGCUGCCAGGAGGGCCAGGGCGAGAUCAAGGACGGGUUGGAAGUCAUGCUGUCGGUGCCGAAGAAGGCGAACGACGCGAUGCACCUGUCGCUCCUUGAGGGGUGCGCAGUGCCCGCGGACAGCCUGGGCGAGGUGGUGCUGCAGGACUCGUUCCACGUGUGGGACCUGCGUCAGAUCAUCAAGAAAGGCCGCGAGCGCAGGGUCUUCCUCUUCGACCUUCAUCUGUUACUCGCCAAAGAAGUCAAAGACUCGCACGGCAAAGCCAAAUAUAUCUACAAGACUAAGUUUAUGACGUCGGAGCUGGGCGUGACGGAACACAUCGAGGGCGACGAGUGCAAGUUCUCGGUGUGGACGGGCCGCGAGCCGAUGGCCAGCGACUGUCGCAUCGUUCUCAAGGCGCCCUCCCUAGAGGUCAAGCAGACCUGGGUGCGCCGCCUCAGAGAAGUCAUACAGGAAACCUACUUCAGCGGCGUGCUGCCCCCGCGCAGCCCGGCGCGCGUGCGCCCCACCAGCUCGCAGCGAUCCAGCAGGGACCUGGACGGGGAAGCAAUGCUGGAUGAGAUCACGGAGAACCUGGACAGGAACUCGCUGGCGUCCUUCGGGAGCGGCAACACCACUGACUCCGACAAGGCGGAGAUGACGUCAUGGGUGAUAGCGGAGCACGCGGCCGGCAACGCUGGCGAGCUGAGCGUCUCCAAGGGCCAGCAGGUGGAGGUGGUAGAGCCAUGCCAGGGGCGCACCGACUGGUGGGUGGUACGCAUCCCGGGUGAGCCGCCCCAGGAGGGUGCGGUGCCGGCGCAGGUGCUGAAGCCGCAACCGCAGCACCACCCGCAGCAGAAGACUUCGCCCUCGCGCCGCCCGCUCAGCCAGCCCUGCGAGGAGGUGCUCGAAGCUACAAACUCUGACCCGGGGGGCAACGUGAGCGCCGCCAGCCCGGGCAAGCAGCGACGCGGUUUCAGUGGAAGGCGAUGGCUGGGGCUCCGCAAGCCGUCACAGGGCAAAGCCCCGAGCGGGGCGCAGUCUCCGGCCACGGCGGACAAACCAGCGCCGCUCAAGAAAGUACCUUCUAAUAAAGCAAUAAAGACGUACGCGAGCGGCGAGAGCGCACGCGCCGAACAUGAGGAUGCGCAGGCGGCGAGCGCACUCGACGAGACAGAGGACGACGCACCCGACGUGGAGCUGCCGCCACCCAUGAAGCCCAUACAGGACCCACAGACCGUGUUGCAGGCGCCGACGCCCGCGGCCGCCACCGCCGUGCCCGCCACGAGAACCUCCUUGUCGAUGGACGCUUUGGAAACUAACGGUGGUCCGGCCGAUAUCGCGGAGAUAGAACAAAUUGUCAAGGAGAAAAUGGAGCAACACGGCGGCGGCGCCAGCGGGUCGGGCAGCGCGCGCGGUGAGGGCGAAGAGGACGAGGUGCCCGGCACUCCGGGACCGGAUUCUGCAGACGCCAUCCUCAAGAAACGGGAGUACGUCCUCAGGGAGCUCGUUGACACUGAGGAAAUCUACGUCACUGAUUUAAGACUCAUCUGCGAUGGAUACAUGCGACACAUGCAGGAUCCAAACGCGGAGCCUCCGUUGCCAGAGGGGCUGCGCGACCGCCGCCACCGCAUGAUCUUCGGAAACAUCGAGGCCAUCUACGAGUGGCAUCGAGAGCGGUUCCUGCGCGAGCUCCGCGCGUGCAUCGACGCGCCGGAACUGCUGGGCCCGCUGUUCCGCCGCUUCCUCGAGAAGAAGAUGUUCCUCUACGAGGCGUACUGCCGCAACAAACCCGUCUCCGAGUACAUCGUCUCCGAGCACGACCAUUACUUCCAGGAGCUAAGGCAGAAGCUCGGACACAAGCUGCAGCUGGGGGACCUAUUGAUCAAGCCGAUCCAGCGCAUUCAGAAGUACCACCUGCUGGUGAAGAAGAUCCUGACGUACUCGGAGAGCGCCAAUGUGCCGGCCAACGUGAUCGCAUCGCUGCGAGAUGCCGUCACCUGCACCUCCAUCAUACCCAAGAACGCCAACGACAUGAUGGACGUCGGUCGCCUCCAGGGCUUUACGGGCAACAUAACUGCGCAGGGCAAACUGCUGCUGCAGGAGCCGCUGCAGGUCUCUGACGCCAACAGCGGCAGCGACAAGGGCAAAGAAUUGCACGUGUUCCUUUUCGAGCAGUGCGUCAUCUUCAGUGACGCCGUCGGCAAGAAGACUCAGUUCACCAGCCCCACAUACCACUACAAGGCUCACGUUCAGGUGAACAAGAUGGACCUGGAGGAAGUAGAGGGCGGGAACGCGUUCAUCAUCCACUCGCUGGACCCGAACAAGCCGAAGCAGUCCUACUUGUGCCGCGCCGGCGAGGCGCGCCGCCAGCAGUGGAUCGCCACGCUGUCGAGCAUCCUGCGCUCGCAACGAAUGUUCGGCGAGGCGCUCGAGAACCCCGGCGCGUACCUGCGCGAGCUCACCCGCGAACCACCCGCCGAAGGGCUUCGCGCUGGCGAAGGUUGGUGUGGGCUCCGUAAGACGGAGAGCGUGCCGCCUGGGCUGGGUGGGCGGCUAGCGCCGGAGCUGCGCGCGCGCACCCAGCGGCCACACGCCAAGGCCAACACCAUCAACCUGCCCACCAGCACCAUCCGCGACGACCGCGGCAAGGCCGCCGCCAACGUCGCCGCCAACAACGCCGCGCUCAGCCCCACCUCGCCGCCACACAACGGAUUGUCUAAACGGCCAUGGGGGCUGAAACUGCGCCGCGGGGGCAGCAGCGGCGCCGCGGCGGGCGCGAGCGACGCGGGCGCCGAGGGCGUGGUGACGGAGUUGCGGCCGCCCGAGCUGACGGAGCCCGCCACAGACGUGGUGGUGCCGCCCGGCGCCUCAGCCACUCUCGCCUGCCGCGCCACCGCCACGCGCGCCACCGCCUCCUGGCGCAAGACGGCUCCAGAGACACGCGCGCUGCGCCACGGAGGCCGAUUCGUCAUCACACUCGCGGCCGAUGGGCUCGCCACGCUCACGAUCCACCAGUGCCGCGCCUCCGAUGCCGGCGUCUAUUGCUGCCUGGUGAGCAACGAGCUAGGCGGCGUGCAGAGCUCGGCGCGCCUCACUGUGGGCGGCGGGGGCGCGCCCGGCGUGCCCGCGGUACGCGCGCACCCCGGCGGCGGGCUCGUCGUACAGUGGGACGAGCCGGCGCCCGCGCACCUCGACUACUGCCGCGUGGGUGAGGGCGAGUGGCGGCGCGCCACCGAAACCCCAGCCGCGGCCAACACGCUGGCGCUGGAAGAGCUGCCAGCGGGCCAGUACAGCUUCCGGCUGGUAUGCGCGCGCAGUGGAGCCGCGUCGCCCGCGUCGGGGCCCGCCAGCUGCGGCGGCGGCGGCGGCUGGCAGCGCGAGCAGUUCACCCGGCGGUACUCCGUCGAAGACGAGAUCGGCCGCGGACGCACCGCGCGCGUCCUCGCCGCACGGGACACCGGCACCGGACAGAGGGUCGCCUUAAAACAGGUGCUGGGUGGGCGUGGCGCGGACGCGAUGCGUGAGUACCGCAUCCUGUCGCGCGCGGCGCACGGCGCGGUGGUGCGCGCGUUAGCACUGUUCCCCGAGGUGCCGCGCGCGGGGGCGCACACGCUGGUGCUGGAGCUGGUGGGCGGCGGUCCCCUGCUGGAGUGGGCGGCGGCCACGCCUCAGCUGUACACGCAGCACACGGUCGCCGUGCACACCAGGCAGCUGCUGUCGGCCCUCGACUGGCUGCAUACCAACAAUGUUGCUCAUCUUGAUGUUCGGCCUGAAAACAUCCUAGUGGAGCUGGGCGGUUCACAACCUCAACUAAAGUUAGUGGACCUGGGCUCGGCGGUGGAGACUGGGGGCGGCGAGACGGCGGCGGGGCGCGAGGUGCUGCCGCCAGCGCCCGCGCAGCUCGAGUUCGCGCCGCCCGAGUGCGUGCUCGGCCGGCCGCCCGCGCCGGCCUGGGACGCCUGGGCCGCCGGCGUGUUCCUAUACGUGUUCUUGACUGGACUGUCGCCGUUCCUAGACGAAUCGAUAGAGGAGACGACGGCGAACAUAAUAAAGUGCGACUACUGCUUCCCGCCGGAGCACUGGGAGGGCGUGGAUGCACGUGCGCAGGCGCUGAUCCGCGCGCUGCUAGAGCCUGCGCCCGCGCGCCGCCUGCAUCCGCACGACGCGCUAUCAGACCCCUGGUUUGAUGAGGCCCCAGCGACGUCACUGUCGGCGAGCCAGCUGAAGACUUUCCUAGAGCGGCGGCGGCCGGCGGGGCACAGCACGGCGCUACACGCGCUGCGGUCACCCGACACCUGACCCGCCGCCCCCCGCGCGACUCCCGCCCCUAACGUGACACCGGGGCCUGACCCCGCCCCGCGCUAGCUCGCGGCACCCCAAUAGGGUAUUUCACAUUAGUACUUCUUACCAAACAACCAUCACCUCCGUAUUCCGUUUACAGGUUCCGUUGACCUAACCCGAAGAUUUGACAGUAGUUUCUCACUGAAGCUACUUUUUAAACAAUAAUCAAACUAAUUGUUACGUUCUAUUGAAAUUCAUAUUCAAAAGAAUAUUCCCCUGCGACCUACAUUUCCAGACACAAAAGGGCUCUAGGCCUUGAGAACUUAAAGUACUUUACAUUACAUUACACUUAUAUAUUUCUUUAAAUAGACUGCUUAGAUCUACCCUAUUGUAAACCAAGGGCUUAAAGAUCAAUGUAAAGUGGUAUCUACAUAAACAUUAAACUGUUCCACCGAGUAUGAUGACUACGAGUAUGACGACUUACAGAAUUUUACGUUCCUGCGUGUACGGUCACGAGUACUAAUAUGUAUACGGUUUGAUACCAUGUCACAUUAACUUUUUUGACAAAUUAAACCGUAAGUCUCAUUAAAUGUCAAAUAUGAUAGUGCGAGAGGGUUCUAAAGUGCGUACAUGAUAUUGCUCAUGACUGUACGUAUUAUUAGUGGGACAAUGUAUUCACACGAAAAACAUUGUUCGCGAACGAGAUUGUUUGGGAACUUUAUAAUCGUAGGACAGACUUUUAUUUACUACGGGGGGGAGGUUUAAAUAGGCCACAUCGAAGCAAUUCAUCAAAAAAAGCAAUAUUGCAAUUUGACAUUUGCGCAUGUAAAAGUAAGUGCGCAAUGCAAACAAAUGUCAAAUAGCAAUAUUGUGGCCAUUUUAACCCCUUUGAUAAUGUAAUCUCGUGUUAUAUAAACCUAACGACCCCACGAGAUUAUUACAAGUAUUAUGACCGAUAUAAAUCCCUUAUGAUACGUGUAUCGCCACAUGCGUUUGUACACAUAACUUAGACAAGCUGCAAUAAAAAGCGUAUAUAGUCAAGAUGAACGAACAAUGUACGUGUGAGAUAGGCGCGCGCGCAAGUUACAUCACGAUCCGCGUCGCAGGGACCCGCUUCGAACUGAUAUUAGUGGACCAUUCCCACUAGAAACGUUGAUAACAUCAAUGUUUUAGUCUUCUAAUACCAUUCUUCUUUUAGCCAUAAUUUCCUGUGUGUAUGUAAAUUAAGAUAUAAGGCACUAGCCAAAUAUGUAUUAGAUCUUAAACCAUGAGUGUGUACGCUCAGUAUUGAGUAUACAGUUUCUUUUUAGCACUAGUGUAACGUUAAUCGACCUGUAAUCAAUGUGCCCACCUAUCGAGUUUGAUAUUUGAAUAUUAGUCGCGUGUAUUACUUUGUGAAGGUUCUACACCGUCAUAUUACAAGUCUUGUUUAUUUAACAUUAAAUUAUAUACCAAAUUGUACUCUGCUAAUAGUCUAUUGACGUGCGGUCACGCGCACGGCGCGCACGCAGCGCACGGACACCCCGCGCGGUUUCAACUAUACGUGUUGUUAACACAAGUUACUAAGAACAAGCACUAUAUUAUAUUAUACUACGUGAUUUGAUCGAAUAAACUUGGAAUGUGUAUGGUUUAUAGCAUGGCCGUAUGUAAGAAAGUGUCUGUGAUUUAUGCUAUAAUAAUGUUUCAUGCUUAUUCCUAAUUUAGUGUAUGAACUGUUAUAAAACUAUUAAAUUGUAUAUAGCACUAAGUUUUAGCGCAUAAAAUUUGACCUAAUUUGUGACCAAAACGAAAAUUUUAAUUUUUUAAGUAUAAAAUGUAACGAAGCUAUUGGUAUAUUUGACGUGCGUGAGGAGAGUGCGGGGCCACGGCGCCGGCGCCUGAGCUGUGGGUAGGACUGAAGACACUCGAUUACAUCGAUUAAUAGUCAUUUACUCACUUCGCAACACAAGAACGAAAGAACUUUUUAUAUUCUAUGAAAUUUCAAUACCCAGCGUAUGCACGCCCCGUACCGCCGGCGCAGUGGCGCACGCGCAAGUACCACGCACUGUAUGUAAUACUAAGUAGUUGUGACAGCAGCCGUACUGCCGCCCGAUACCUUCGUAUAUAGUGAUAUAAUAUUUCAUGUAUUCAAUAUUCUCACAAGAUAAUCCACAUUCAACUAAUGGAAUUGUAUUUAUGGAGCAACUUAAUUUUAUUUCAUCAAUUCGAAUGAAUAUAAAAUAAAAUACAUUUGUCACAAAA